AUGGACUGGUUCUGGCAGGCUGCGAGACUCGGCCCGCCAACGUGGGACCGACAGGAGAGGUCAAAAGAUUACCAUCAAGAUUCAUCGGACAAGAAAUGCAUAAAUUACGUCCCAGCUCCAACGAAUCCAUCAGAACCUGAGGUAUGCUAUUGUGGCCUUUAUGAGCGAGAGCACAUUAAUCCUUCCACUGGCUUCCAUCCGCUUCACUCAAGGAGGUUCGCGCUUCACGAGCCUUUUACAGUUCUGAAUCUCCGGCAACCCAAGAAGCCCGCGCCGAGCCAAGAUGGGAAAUGGCACCAAGACAGAGACAUCAGGGAAUUCCCCACCGAUGCUUAUGGGAUGCUGUUCUUCAAGCAGGAACCAAAAGGCUUCUACAAAGUGGCUCACUACAUUAGACUCUCGGACGAAACGAGAAUCUGGCGGAGUCCGAGAGGCGACCCCUCCGUCCUGCAGCUGAUGGUGGGGACGUGGAAGCUUCUGGAACCUGAACACCCGAAGCUGGUUAUCUCCUUUUCUGGUGACGAGGAGAGGUUCAGCCUGGAGGGAGCCAAGAAGAAGACAUUUAUGGCUGGUCUUAUACGAACAGUUGAAUCCACGGACGCUUGGCUCUUGACAGACGGCAGUGACGCUGGCAUCUCCAAAGUGGUGGGGCAGACCGUUAAUGAGAUGCAAACCACAACCAAAACUGAUGGUCGCCUGAUGCCUUAUAUCAAAUGUAUAGGAGUGGCAUCCUACGGGUCCUGCAGGAACAAAGAUUCACUUGUUAAUGCGGAAGAGGAGAUAGAGAGUGAACAAAAACAUUUUUAUGACGUCACGCGCACCUCGGGAAGGCAGGCCAGGAUAGCGCUCAACGGAGACCACACCCACUUCUUGCUUGUGGAUGAUGGCUUCCACAACAGUCUAGCGUCGGCUGAUAGCUUUCGGUCGCGCCUGGAGGAGGCCAUUCAGAAGACGAUGCCCGAAGGCCUGGACAUCCCGGUGGUGAUGCUGCUCCUGGAUGGCAGCCUCAGGGCCAUCGACAGGUGUCUGAAGGCCCUCAGGAGACGAGUGCCAGUGGUGGUCGUGCAAGGAUCGGGAAGAGCUGCCGACUUGCUCGCUGAAGCUGUCCAUAACCACGAUGACACCAGGUCAGAAGAUGCCGCACUGAAGGAGAUCUUGUCAAAGGUCCCGAUAUAUAUAGAUGACUUGGAUGACCACAAACACAUGGAAUGCGCCAAGAAAGUGCUGGAAUGCUGCAAGACGGGGAACAAAAUCACUGUCUACGAUAUAGAUCACGAUUCUAAUAUGGAUAAGGCAAUCCUGUCUGCGCUUCUCACGGGAACUGCUGAUCCCGAGGACGAGCUGCAGCUGGCCUUCGAGUGGGACCGCGCGGAUGUGGCCGAAAGUAGCAUCUUUCCGCAGAUCGACGACAACGCAGACCUGAGCGGCAUCAUGAAGCAGGCGCUGAGGGAGGAGAAAACGGACUUCGUCGACCUCCUGAUCUCGUGGGGCUUCGACAUCUCAAAGUUCCUGACGAUGGAGGAGCUGCGAGGACUCUACAAUCUUGUGGCUGCAUGGUUACGACAGGGCUGCUCCACAUCUUCAACCUAUUCUCAGGGUACAUUGUUUUCAAAGAUGUCUCCAUUCAUGCGAGAUGCGCGCCUUAGACCUGUGGCAUGUGAUACUUAG